GGACCAUUAUCACCAGCUGACUGCGCCCGGCCGGGCAGACGUAACCUAUCCCUCGCAGAGAGAGGUUGUGCCGUCCGCGGAGUGUGCCGUGUCGUGCCGUGCGUUGUUUUUCGCGAGGCGUUCGUGUGCCAGGACUUAUAUAAAAAAACAAAAACAGUGCAGCGAUCAACCCGCCCGCCCCUGCAACGGGACUUACUGGAGCGGGACCGGCGCCGUGGAAGAUGAGCGGCGGGCAGGCGGGCAGCGACUCGCGCGAACGCGCCGCGUGACGCGCCCCUAGCGGAGGAGGAGGAGAGCAGCAGCAGAUGCCCGGCGCGCCCGGCGCCAGCUACGACAUGAGGUGGGAGGGCCGCAGGGGCAGCGCCGUGACGCUCACCUCGUGGGGCGUCGCCGGCAACCUCAGCGGCGGCGGCGGCGUCGACAACGACGGCUUCAGCGUCGGCAAGCCGGAGGACUCCCCCAACGGCGCCGCCAACGGCUUCCGGCCCCCGCACCACGCCAACGGCGUGAGCAACGGCAGCGUGGCUGUGGCUGUGGCGCUGCCCGAGGCGCCCGCCGCCAAGCAGCCGUGGUGCCGGCGCGUCAAGGAGGACGCGCGCGUGCGCUGGGUGGUGGAGCGCGCGCGGCGCGGCUGCACGCGCAAGCUGCUCUACAAGCGGCUGCCCAUCCUCUCGUGGCUGCCGCGCUACUCGCCCUCGGCCGCCGUCAGCGACCUGGUGGCGGGUCUCACCGUCGGCCUCACCGUCAUCCCGCAGGCCAUCGCCUACGCCAACGUCGCCGGCCUGCCGCCCCAGUACGGGCUGUACUCGUCCUUCAUGGCGUGCUUCGUGUACACGCUGCUGGGCAGCUGCAAGGACAGCCCCGUGGGCCCGACGGCCAUCCUGGCGCUGCUGACCCGCGAGAACCUGCACGGGCUGGGACCCGAGUUCGCCGUGCUCAUGUGCUUCCUCAGCGGCUGCGUCGUGACGCUCAUGGGGGUGCUGCAGCUCGGCUUCCUGAUCGACUUCAUCUCGGGCCCCGUGGCGGUGGGCUUCACCUCGGCGGCGGCCAUCAUCAUCGCGACGACGCAGAUCAAGGACCUGCUGGGGCUCAGCUUCCAGGGCAGCAAGUUCCUGGACGUGUGGGAGAAGGUGUUCGAGCACAUCUCCGAGACGCGGCUGUGGGACGCUCUGCUGGGCGUCGUCUGCAUGGUCGUGCUCUUGGUGCUCAGGAAGGCGAAGGACAUCAAUGUGGGGCCCGAGAAUUCGAAGGACCGGACGAUGUUCCAAAAGGCCAUGUGCCAGGGCCUGUGGCUCAUCUCGACGGCGAGGAACAUCAUCGUCGUGGUGGUGUGCGCCAUCAUGGCCUACAUGUUCGCCAUCCACGGCUCCACGCCCUUCGUCCUCACUGGCUUCCUGAAGCCGGGGUUGCCGCCCUUCAAGCCACCGCCCUUCUCGGCCACCGUCGGCAACCACACCUACACCUUCCUGGAGAUGACCUCGAGCAUCGGGUCGGCGCUCUUCGUGGUGCCGCUGCUGGCCAUCCUCGAGAACAUCGCGCUCGCCAAGGUCUUCUCGGACGGGCACCCAAUCGAUGCCACCCAGGAGAUGCUGGCGCUGGGCGCCUGCAACAUCUUCUCGUCGUUCGUGAGCUCGAUGCCCGUGUCCGGCGCGCUGUCCCGGGGCGCCGUCAACCACGCCAGCGGCGUCACCACCACCUUCGGCGGCAUCUACACGGGCGUGGUGGUGCUGGUAUCCCUUCAGUUCUUCACGCCCUACUUCUUCUUCAUUCCGAAGGCGUCCCUGGCGGCCGUCAUCAUAGCCGCCGUGGUCUUCAUGGUGGAGUUCCACGUGGUCAAGCCCAUGUGGAGGACGAAAAAGCUGGACCUGAUCCCGGCCUUCGCCACCUUCAUCUCGUGCCUGUGCAUCCGGCUGGAGCUGGGCAUCGUCAUCGGGAUAGGCAUCAACGUGCUGUUCCUGCUGUACGCCUCGGCGCGCCCCACCGUGCGCGUGGAGAAGGUGACGAGUUCCUCCGGGUGCGAGUACCUGCUGAUCACGCCCGACCGCAGCCUCGUGUUCCCGUCGGUGGAGUACGUGCGCAGCGUGGUGUCCAAGGCGGGCGUCAAGCAGGGCUCCAGCUCCACUCCCGUCGUCAUCGACAGCCGUCACAUCCAGGGCGCCGACUUCACCGCCGCCAAGGGCAUCAAGUCGCUGAUCGAAGACUUCGUGAAGCGGAAACAGCCGCUGCUGUUCUACAACCUGAAGCAGAGCGUGGAGGAGAUAUUCCAGGGGGUGCAGCCGAAGGAGUUCAACUGCUGCCACAACGAGGUGGAGCUGAACGAACUGCUGAAAGUUUGUGGUUACCCAGGUUACACGAACCAGACUGUCCAAACGACGGAACUCGGCCAGCAGACGCCUGAGCAGCCGUGACCAGGACUUCUCCCCUGGAGCGGUCCAGGACAUCCUCGCGCGGAUAAUCCCAGGACAUCCGUGCCUGGAGAGGUCCAGGACAUCCGUGCCUGGAGAAGUCUGGGGCAUCUGUGCCCAUAGAGUUGCAGGAAAUUUGUUCCUGAGGGAUUCUAAGACUUAUGUACCCAUGGGAAGUCCAGAACUUCAUGCCUGGAGAAGUCCAGGACAUCUUUACCGGAGGACGUUUAAGACACAUGUAUCUCUGAGAAGUCCAGGACAUUCUUGCCCGAAGAAGUCUCGGACGUCAGUACCUGGAUAAGUCCAGGACAUUCCGGAGAAGAUCAGGACAUCAGUGCCUGGAGAAUACUGAUAAGUUCAGGACAUAUUUGCCUGGAGAAGUGCGGGACGCCCUUUACCUGGAAUAGUCCUCGUGCCAUGACGGCAACGUGAUCGGCGCUGGGCUCCCCUGAGCUGCUGGCAAGUGCGUGUCUUGCAACUUGCCAGGUCGCCACGGACGCUACCUCGCGCGCGGGAGCCGGUGCACACACGUCUGUGAUAGUUGGAUUUUUAGAUGGUACAAAACAUACAGUUUUUUUUUAAUCAGUGAAGUUAGUUCACGAUGCAGCAUAAGCAGUUAUUGACAUUACGUUCACGGCGUAACUACAAAACUACGGCACAUACUACACGACCGCUUGUUGUUACAAACAAUCUACACUGUCACUUCAGCUUCCUGCUAGUAUUGUGCUGUUGCUGUAGAACUGCUAAAAACUAUCCUUGUAAAUAUUUUGUUCACCUUAACAUUUUUCACUCAGAACAUUAGUGAACCUUUACUUGUAAAAUCUCAAGAUAAUGCUGUGUUAUAUGUAAAGUAAUAAUUUAUGAAGUUUACAGUAUACAGUAUUAUAUUUAUUUUUGUAGGCUGUUGUAAUUUCUAUGUGUCCAAGUGAAAUUUAUGUAGGAUUAGUUAGCAGUGUUCAGUCCAUUUACUUGUUUAUGAUUCUAAAAAAAAAAACUUUUGAAGUGUUUGAUGUUGUGAUAAGAGAACCUCUAUCAUAUGUUUGGAACAGAUUUUAAACAUUGUAUUGUGCCAUUAAUAAAUACGUCAGCACAGGUUCGUGUGAUAAGUUUAUUUGAGAAGAAAAGUAUUAAAAUAAUUUUUAAUGUGAUGCAAAUAUUUCUACCAAUAUGUAACAGAGGUAAAAUAUGUAAUGCUGUGUUAGGCAAGAAAUAUUAUCUUUUUUUAAUUUACUUGUGGAACUGGAUGUUUUCAAGAACGAAGUUCACUUUCGAGUUUCGAUGAACUACACGUGCGACAACUAUCGCCUUAUUCGAACUGUAACAUAAUUUAGGAUCGAGUGGCAGCAACUAUUUCAUAUUAUACAUCAAAUUAUCUACAAGAAAAAUUUAAACAAACCGAAUGCUUUGUAUGCGAAAUGAUUUUGAACCCUUCUGUUCAGUAAUUAAGUAUAUAAGUCGUGAGACUCUAAGGUUGUUCACAUGAGGCACAAGAAUAUUCCAUUAUCAGUUUGCAUUUUUUCCAUUAAAAUAUGCUGUUUAUUUUACUUACAAGUAAUUAUUUUAUUAAUUAAGAACAAAAUGAAUAAAUUCUUUUUAAUGCAUUUUCCACAGCAUUUAUGGUAUCUACUGAGGGUCAAUAAUUACUCGUGAAUACUAGGUACACUCAGCUGAGCUAGAGAACAAACUUAAAUUUCUUAGCUUUGAACAAGUUAAACUUAAUAAUAUACCUAUUGUAUACAACUUAAUUUUUUUUUUUAAUAUACAGACAUUUUUUUUUUCUGACCCCAACCAGUCAGGAUUUAAAAAGAUCUCUGAAAACAGUUAUUCCACGAAUUACAUUAUAAACGAUGGCACUAACUAAUUGCUCAAGAAUAAUGACACGUACAACUUGCUCUAUAAAAAAAACAUUACCGUCUUCUAAACAUUGAUCUACUAAUUAUUUAUUUCCUACAUAACAAUCAUGGGCCUCGCCAUCAUAUUAUUUCUUGUUUCAAAGAUGUUAGUACAUUUCAAAUCCCUUUUUUUUAAAUAGACUUGUUUUCAGAACACUUCAGGAUAAUGUCUGCAAGUUCAUGUGUUAGCUGGAUUCGGAAUUUGUUUAUACAUUUAGAUUCAUUGAAAUAACACAAUAUUUUAUUACAUAUUUAUCAUUUAUUUUCAAAUCAUUUGGAGGCUUAAUCUCUCUCUGCAGUCGUCAUGUUAUCUUAAAGAUAACCAUGCUCCUCAUAGCAAGGACACGUGAAAUUUAUUCAAGCAAUCCACACUGCUGCUCACUUUUAAAACAUGGUCCAUGAGAUAGAUGCACACGACAUAUCAUUCAUCAGUACCUAAAUAAUAUUAAUUCUAGUGUCAAUAUUUAAUGCCUGUUUAUUUUUCUAUCAAAAUUCAAAAUGAACACAAUUGUUAAAUAUUAUUAUUUUUUAAUUUAAUAUGUAGAUAAAAUCGGAAUUUCCUUGACCUUUUUUUUCAUAUUCUUUAUGCAUAUAAAUUGCUUACAUGCGCUCUUUCACUUUUACUUCUGCAUUCCAAUAAAAGCAAAUAGAUAAUUUUGUGUCCAUUUCCUUCAGUUUGAAAGUAACUGUAUUAAAGAAUAGGAAGAUAAUCCUUUGUUUUUCAAAAGGUUAUGUUCAGCAAAAACAGUUCCAGGUAUCAUUUCUACCAGAUAUCUCAUUAUUUUCGUGAAAUGCAUAUUAAAACAUUCAGCUAGUUUGACACUGACUGUGUUGUUGUUAAGUUGUGUGCAUAACUGUCUAAAGUUCCAUACAAUUUUCUAGGCAACUCAAAUGGUCACAUUUAGUUUAAUCUAUUUUUCUUAUCACUAACAGUGUAAUUGAAACAGUUAAACUUAAUUUUCAUGAGCUGACUAUUCAGUCUUAUACAACACGAGAAUCUAAUGUAAAAUAAAAUUUUAUAGCCAGAGUGAACUUUAAAAUUAAGAACUUAUGUUAAAAUCACCAUAUACAAUUAUAUGUUAUAUUUAUGGCGCACGAUUUGAAAAGAGAUAAAUUAAUGUGUUGAUAGAAGUGACAAUAUUUACUCGUAGAUUCUGCUCUUCGUUUUUGUAUAUUGUUUUUUCACUUAGCCUUUGUACAGAGAACUUGAAUUUUAUUCCUCUCCAAAACAGAAAUGCCUAAAAUAGCUGUGUUUGUAAUGUUUUUCCUGCAUGAACUGUUAACUAAAUAUAAAAUACAUAACCAUGAGAAAAGUAGUGUACGUAUUUUUAAUCGUUUACAACAUAUGAUAUCUGCCUUACAAUAAGAGAAGUUGUUGAACGUGGAAAUUGUAUUUUGCUGCAACACUUUUACAGAUGAAAAUUCUCGAAUGUAACAGUGUCAAUAAUUAUUAUUGUGUUAUACGAAAUUAAAAUUAAGCUUAAGUUUUGAAAACUGGUUUACAAAGUUAUGUAAUGCAAUUGUAGAUCUCCAAUCUAACUGUAUUUAAGAGUGACAAUAGGAUGUUUGAGUUUGAAGUAAUUCAUUCUAAGACUCCUAUCCUUCCUCUUUUUUUCAGAUGUAUUCUGUAUACAGCCAUUAGUUCGUUUAUAUGUGAAUCGUGUAGAUAUAUAAAUAAAAUUGUUUAUUUAAAUGUGCAUUCAUUUGAGUUAUUAAUACAGAUGAAUGAAAUGCGACAAGAUGGUAAAAUCGGAAUCUCUUUCAUUUUUUGGGGGACCUACAGGAAUAUUUUAUUUUCAUGUCUAGUUUGCCAACCACAAUAUUUUUAUUUGUGUCAGAGGACUUGUAAAUGACAAACGAACACUAGUAUGUAAAAUUAUGACUACUUUCACCCCUUUGGCUUGUCAUAGCACAGUCUAGGACGAUGCGAAUAACGCCUAUUGGUUAAGAUAAAGGUUAUGCCAUCCAAAUAGGCCUACUAUUGGUACAAGAAAUUUAUUCAACUUUGAUUCAUUAACGUGUUUAGUAACACAUUUAAAUUCCAAUUUGUGUUAUUUAUUCUUUUCCAAGUGUUAUAUUACGAACGUUAUUAAAUUUUUAUGUAAACAUGUUUCUGUGGAAUAAAAUACAUUUUAAAUGUUUCCGUGAGUAAUAAAGCUUUUUUUUUUGUGAUUGUGGUAUGAAAAGGGUGAAUUACUUUGAAAUUUUCAUACCAUUUGUUCGUUUGUUUAUCAAUUAACGUGUUGGAAAUCUUUGGCCGGCUUGUAGGCAAGAUUCAGAUUAAACAAAGGGUAAUAUGUCAAAUCCAGGAUGCAACUGCAAAAAUUAAAAAAUAUAUCACCCCCUCCCCUUCCUCCAGUCAUAUUACAGGAUAUGCUUUUAAACAAAAUGUAAUUGGAUACUCUUAAAGUAAGGCAGUUACAGUAACAAUUUUUUUUUUUUCAAAUAAAGUUAUCAAGAUUAUAUUAUUGAUAUAACUUCAAGAAUUACUUUACAUACAACCACAUUUUAUAAAAAAAAAUGUUCAACCAUGGUUAAAAUUUGCAAGAAUUCGUCGAACGCGAAUGCGAAUGUCAAGACUUAAUCGCAUGCGAAUAUUCGUUACAUAUACCAACACGCAUUUGACGCGUCUCUCGCCGUGAUACUGUGGAAACAGCUCGCAACACGAAUCGGCACACUCGCGGCAGACGAGUUCCCCCUUCGCGGUAGUUUCCAAGUCUCUUAAAAAAAAAAA